UGCAUACGAGUAUAUCAAGAAAAUCUCCGGCCACCAAUGGUUAUAGUCGCCAUUUUAACGACUUGAAAGCAUCGGAACCCGCGAGUACCUCCACGGCCACCAGUCCAACGCUAUCCACUUCCUCCCCCAGAGAAGGAUCCCCAGCUCUCGACUGCACUCCUGAUAUGGCCUCGGUCUUGGAGGAAAUGCACCUCCUACAUUCCGAUGUCGGGUUCGAGAGCGUAGAGCGUGCUAAAGAUCAUGAGCUCCGAAAUGCUCCUCUUCUCACUAGAGAAGCAUAUGUCUCCUCUCAUCAGGACGUGGCAAACAUGCAGUACGGCGUCUUGGGGAAGACCUUGUCUAUACGCGACAAAACCCACCAUCUGACAAUUCGCGAUCCACGGCUUUACGUGAACACGAAUGCCCCAUUUUCUGCCGUAGUCUGCGGCGUACAGGGCUCAGGGAAAUCGCAUACCGUUGCGGUGCUUCUUGAGAAUAUGCUCAUCUCAUCUUAUCGUCAAAUAGGCACCCUCAGGCGACCUCUCUCAGGUCUUGUCCUCCACUUCGGUGAGGGAGGCCCAAACGCACUCCCAUGUGAGGCAGCUUGGGUCGGUGUACCUACGACUAAAGGUGUCCAAACACCAAAAGUUCGUGUGUAUGUUUCGCGCUCCUCUCUUCAGACCAUGAGAACGGUUUAUGCCCCUCUUGGAGAGCAUGUCACGGUUGAGCCGCUACUCUUCACGGAAGAAGAGUUAGAUGCUCAAGCGUUUCUUUCCAUGAUGGGUGUAGGCUCUUCUGAGUCUGCUCCCCUGUACAUGCAAGGGAUUUUGUCGAUUUUGCGAGACCUGGGCGAAAAUUUCACUUAUAUGGAGUUCAUGGCCCGCCUGGACGUUAAGAAGGAGAGCUUCAAUAUCAGUCAACUCUCGGGACUUGAACAGCGAAUGGCGCUACUCGAGUCUUUCAUGAACCGCAAAGUCCAGAGCUCCUCAAGAUUCGCUGCCGCACAGCUCACCAUUAUAGACUUGUCCGAUCCCUUCAUUGAUCCAGGCGCAGCAUGCAGCAUAUUCGAGAUCAUCACUCGGCUUUUUGUCCGUUCCAAAGUCAACACUGGCAAGGUCUUGGUCGUUGACGAGGCCCAUAAAUAUCUUGGCACCAGAGGCGGAGCUUCGGGGCUCACAAAGUCGCUCUUAACACUGACCCGCGAGCAAAGGCAUUACGGGAUGCGUGUCAUCAUCAGUACCCAAGAGCCAACAGUGGUCCCACCCGUUUUGCUAGAUUUAUGCACCGUCUCCAUUUUGCACCGCUUCUCCUCGCCCGCUUGGUGGGAUCACCUGACACGGCAUGUUUCUGCCGACCUAUCUGAAGAAGAUGCUUUCGACAAAGUUGUCCGACUUCAGACAGGCGAGGCACUAGUCCUCGCGCCGUCUGGCUUUGGGGUUUUCCCCAGUAUCCCAUCUGAGCCGAAGACCGUAUUAACUAACGACGCAAAACUUGAUCAAUUUGGGAGGCGCUAUCUUGUUAUGAAAACGCGUAAGCGCAUCACUGCAGAUGGAGGCGCGUCGAUUUUAGUUGUGGAUGGGUAGAAUAUAGCUCAUUGGUUCAAAAAUGUAUCCGUUUUCUUGGAGCUUUCGCCUGAAAAUGUCUUCAUGCAGCC